AUGGCGGAUACUGAAGAGAACCCGUUUGUUGGUGGACACACAGCAGAGACUGCGGGACCCUCUCUGACGAGUGUAGAAUCACCACCACCAGCAGCAGCAGCAGGAGUGAGAGGAGGAACAGUAACAGAUGAACCACAUGGGCAGGAGCAGCAGCAGGAUGUGGAGCCAAAGGGAGAUGUCUCGGGACUUAUCCCACUUUGCGUGCGCCAUGCUGGUGGGCCACAGGUAAACAGCACUGUCUUUGGAUAUGACAUUGCACAGAUGCAGAAGCGCCCAUGGGACGAACCCGCGGCAAACCUCAAGGAUUACUUCAACUACGGCUUUAACGAGACUAGUUGGAGGCUGUACUGCGCGAUGCAGACAGGGGGUGAAGCCUCGCCACUGCCAGGGACAAACACCUUUUUUUCACAACAGGCCAGCUCCGCAGUAAAGAACACCGCGCUGGAGGAGGGUGUAGAGGGUGAUGGUGUGGCGUACCACAUGCCGCCCCAAGGCUCUUCACACGGGUACUAUGCCGCCCCACGUGAUAGCUUCCUCAAGACGAAGCUCUGUCAGCGUUUUGCGGUGGGCCGUUGCGUGAAGGGUGAUCAAUGCAGCUACGCCCAUGGACACGGUGAGCUACGAUCCGUUCCUUCGGUGCACCACCACCACCACCAUCAUCAGCUGCAGCAGCCCCCACCAUGUGUCCUUCAAUCCUUUCAAGUAGAUCAGGGCUUCUUUCCACCGAUGGGGAUGCAACCAACGGGUGUGCUUGAGCGCACUGCCGCGGGCAGCUACCAUAUGAUGCCAAAGCGCCAACGCUCCCCUGACGGUGGUGGAGAGGAUAAGGUCUACGAUGCGUCGUACUAA